AAGGAGAGCAGACAUUUGGAGCCGUUCACGCCUCAGGAUGGACAAAGCCUGCUGGAGAGCCGCCCUGGUCCUGUUUGUGGUGUUGCUCAGCAGCACGUAUGCAGAAGCUACGUCCUCCAUGCAUAUGGAUGACUUCAUCGAGGCAGUGAGGCGGGUGGAGGACGAUGACCCUGGGUCAGGCCCAUUGAGCGUGUUGAGGAGGCUGCGGGGCGCCGGCGGCCUCGAUGACGCGCUCGUCCGGCACUUCCUCGGCAACGCCGACCCUGCCGCCGGCGAAUGGGACGCGGGCCUCUCCCGUUACCUCGGCAGGGCCCUGCGUCACAGGGUGACGGAGCACGCUACGGAGGAAGGCGUCGUCCUGACGCCCGACGGCACCACGGUCGCCCUGGCGCCCCUCCUCCUGGGCAUCGAAGCCGGUUUCGUUGCCAGGAAGGCGGGCCGCGUGCGGGGCCUCUACCAGCUCACCCUGGCCAAAGACCUGGACGCCUCUCCUCUCCUGGGACCCGACGGCUGCUGGGACAGCGUCGCCUCCCCUCAGGUCUUCACCCUCCUGGGGGCCCCCUCCGCGCUCACCGCCGCCCGGGUCAACGGAGCCAUGGACGGCGCCGUUCUGGGGCUGCAGGUCUCCGCCGAGCGCCCCCCCGCGCUCAGCGGCCUGCUGACGGAGUACUACUGCCGCCCGCUGGACAGCAGAGGGCUGGACGCCGCCCCGCGCCUCAUCGCCCGCCGCCGGAGGGAGAACUUCCGGGGGCUCGCCGCCCCCCCGGUGCUGGUCAGAGAGGUGGUGAAAGCGGCGGAGCUGCGGCGGAGGCUGGCUGGGCGCGCGAAGAUGGAGGUGAGGGAGAAGAAGCAGCUGGCGGCUCUGGUGAAGAAGGGAAUGAAAGAGUUUGUCCACAAGUACAUCGAUUGCCCGCCCAUCAUUCCCCGCUGCAUGUGGGGCGCAGAGCCGUACAGAGGAGCCCCCACCAACCUGUCUCUUCCUCUCUCCUCCAUGUACAUCCACCACACCCACUCGCCGGACCAGCCCUGCCUGACCUUCCAGCAGUGCGCCGCGGACAUGCGCUCCAUGCAGCGCUUCCACCAGGAGGACAGGGGCUGGGACGACAUCGGCUACAGCUUCGUGGCAGGCUCCGAUGGGUACAUCUACGAGGGCCGGGGGUGGCUCCUGCGAGGGGCCCACACCCUGGGACACAACUCGGUGGGCUACGGGGUUUCCUUCAUCGGGGACUACGCCACCAGGCUGCCCUCCCAGCACUCCAUGGGGCUGGUGAGGGAUCAGCUGGCGGCCUGCGCCGUCCACGGCGGCAGACUGGUCGCCGACUUCGUCCUGCAGGGCCACAGGCAGGUGGUGGCCACUUCCUGUCCCGGCGAAGCGCUCUAUGAUGAGAUCAGAGGCUGGGAGCACUUUGAGGAGGUCAAGAAAGAAGAAUGAUCUGCUCGACAGGAGGGAGACCGAGAAGUCUCAAGUGAACCAAAAACUAUGACACAAUAAAUGUAAUAAAUGGCCUGAUUGUU